AUGGCUCCCGCUGCAACCUCCGCCCACUCUCACGCUGACCCUCGUGAGCAACAGCUGCAGAUCUCGGGUCAAAACCGAGUCGCCAUCUUCGACAAGCAGGGCGGUCCCGUCUCUGUCAAAGAGGUGCCCAUCCAGAAGGAGCUCAAGCGAGGCGAGGCGCUUGUCCGCGUCAUCUACUCUGGUGUCUGCCACACCGACCUGCACGCCAUGCUGGGUGACUGGCCUCUGGACAACAAGCUUCCCCUUGUCGGCGGUCACGAGGGUGCUGGUGUCGUUGUUGCUCUCGGAGAGGGCGCAGACCAGUUCGUCAAGGUCGGCGACCGUGUGGGCAUCAAGUGGAUCGCCACGUCGUGCCUCAACUGUUCCUUCUGCCGCACGGGUGCCGAGCCCAACUGCCCCCACGCCCAGUGCUCCGGCUUCAGCGUUGACGGCUCGUUCCAGAAGUACGCCGUGUCGUACGCCAACCACCUUUCGAUCAUCCCCGACGACCUGCCUCUGGACCAGGCCGCACCCAUCCUCUGCGCCGGUGUCACCGUCUACAAGGCGCUCAAGGAGGCCCAGCUGACCCCUGGCCAGUGGGUCGCCAUCCCCGGUGCCGGCGGAGGUCUCGGCCACUUGGCUGUCCAGUACGCCGUCGCCGCCGGCUACCGCGUCAUUGCCAUCGACACGGGCUCGGACAAGAAGCAGCUCUGCGACAGCCUCGGUGCCGAGCGUUUCAUCGACUUCAAGACCUCGAAAAACCUCGUAGAGGACAUCAAAGCGGCAACCCCCGACGGAUUCGGUCCGCAGGCCGCUGUUGUCGCCGCGAGCGGCGCGGCCGCGUACGAGCAGGCGUUGGACUACAUCCGCCCGCGCGGCGUGCUUGUCGCCGUCGGUCUUCCCGGCCAGGCCGACAUCAAGGCCAACGUGUUCUUCACCGUGUUCCGCUCCGUGAGGAUUGUGGGCUCGUACGUGGGCAACAGGCAGGACGCACAGGAGGCGCUCGAUAUCGCCGCGGCGGGCAAGGUCAGGACUCACUUCAAGACUCUGGGUCUCUCGCAGCUGCCCAAGGUGUACGACGACAUGCAGAGCGGCAAGAUCGCCGGUCGUAUCGUGCUCGACAUUGAUCAGUGA